AAAAUAUACUAAAAACCUUGAUUAUUCUGGUUAGUCACAUUGUACUGCUAUUAUUUUGAACAAUACUGUAUAUUUUGCUGCACUGAGUGUUUCAACUACUCUGACGAGUCCUUCAGUCCCUGCUGCUGAAAAACAGCCCAAAACACAAGUCUGCUACCAGCACACUUUACUCUGUUGAGAUACUGCAGGUGAUGAGCAGAGCUGGUUUCCUUCAAACAAGACACUUAGAAUCUGUAGGGUGUUCUUCUGAAACAUACCACUAUCUCCCUGGUCUUCACUUAGCAAGUUUGAACCUGCUACCUAUUGAUCUGAAAUUUAAUAAUCGUACAGUGAAUUAUACCUUAUUCCAUUAGCCAGACAUAAUGUUUAGACUGUAGCUGAAGAUCAACGGAAGAUGAGUUGAGUAUAAUACAGAUCUUCUUUUCAGCCCUGACCUGGCCCUCCGAUGAUGUCCACAUACUUUUAAAAUAAUCUACUUUUAAAAGUAAAAAACUUUUUACUUCAGUGAUAUGCUUACAGGUUAUACAUGCUUACUUAACGAUAAGCCUCUGCACCAUACUUGCCCCACAAACAGGCCUUGAAGGAGUAGUUCACUUUAAAAUGAAGAUUAGCCCAUUAUUUACUCUCCCUCAAGUCAUCCAAGGUGUAUGUGACUUUCUUGUUGAUUGCAAUUCACUCCCAUUAUAAAGCUCAGAAACAUCAUGGUGUUAAUUAAUAUAACUCUUAAUGUAUUGGUCUGGAAGAAGAAAGUCACAUACACCUAGGAUGACUUGAGGGAGAGUAAAUAAUGGGCUAAUCUUCAUUUUAAAGUGAACUAAUUAUUUAAUAGGCCUUUAAGCUACAUGAAGUAUAAAGUGAUAGUAACUACUCAAUUAGAUCAGUUAUAGUGCUAGGAGUACUAGCCCAUGCACACGUGUAGAAUACAUAUUUGAUCAACAGUCAUGAAUUAAUUAAAUGUAUUAAUAUUAUUAUAAGGCAUUUCUGGUAAUUAAAAGUCCAUUAAUUGGAGAAAACAUUGAUAUUAAAGCACAUGGUUGCCGACACAGUUUUAGAGUUUUUUAUUUUAUUUUGUAAUGCUGGUGAAUAAUUAUACAAAUUGCAGUGAAGUUUGCUGUUCUAGACUCACAUGGAGUAUGGGUUGGGGAAAAAACUGACGGGAACGUUUUUAAUAUAUUUUAUAAGGAAAAAUAAUUUCAUUUGUGAAAAAGUUGAGUGACGUAAUUUAACCCGGGAAAACAUUUUUUUUGGCGGGAGCCGUGACGAGUUGAGUUCGUCAUUCGCGCGAGGAGACAGAUCGUCAGAGAGGUAAGUUCACUAGCUUGUUUUAUAAACUCUUAUCUUUUCAAAUUGUGAAACUUUGACCAAAUAAACAAAUGAUUGAUAGCUACCUAGAUAUACAGACCAGCAAAUGACUACAUCUGGUGCUCGCCUAUAGUAUGAAGACGACGAGUAACGAACGUUAUUUAGGUGAGCUAAAUUAGCGUUAGACCGAAGCCAAUCGUUAGGCCUGUCAUAAAUAAUAUUAUUGUCAUUUUAAGACAAUUUUGUGCCACUUAGUAUUUAAUCAUAAUAUAAAAGCAUAAUAAUAAAAUUAGGCAUAACGUUAUACACUUUAAAAAGACAACAACCAUUUAAUUAUUUUGAUAAGUGGUGUCAAAAAAACACUGAAUGAAAAAAAAAACUUAAAUAAAGAGUAAAUAAUCAUUGUAAAAUAAUAAUACUAAUAAAAAAGCGCAAAGUACGUUACAAGUAGAGAAGAGAAAAGGUGCACACUAUUGCUGAGUUAAGUUAGCGGGCAGAUGUGUGUCUGAACGAGCCUCAGCGAGACUGAUCUGAUAAUAAAACAGGUUUUUUAUGUGCACCAUUUUGCGCUGUGACGUAUUAACUUGCUCAAGAACAGUGGAUUGCGGCUUUGAAAUCGAGCGCAUUUAGAUUUGUUCUGUAACGUUAGUUGUCAUGAAAACACGAUGGCGUGUUCUUCAGCUUCUGUAGGGCGCUGUGUGUUUGAAGGAGAACACAACACCACAGCGCGAUCUGCGAGAUGUGCUGCCACUCAUUAUCAUAUAAACAUACUGGGCGAAGGAUUGCGUCACCAGACGGUUUUGAGGUCAUGUAGAUAUUGUGAGUUAUGUCGAUAUAUUAUUGAUUAUUGCGACAGGCCUAAUGCUCGCUAGUUGCAGAUAAUUUGAGAAAAAUCGAUUCUCAAAAAUGUCGACAGAACAACCGCAUGCCUUUUUCAACAUUUAUAACCCUACUAAAUUUUGAUUAAUAUGUAUUCUUUAGUCAAUUUUUUAUUUGAGAAAUACAUGUUUCGUGUGUAAUUAGCAAGCAUGAUCAAGUUGAAUUUAAAUGUAUUACUGCAUGUCAUGUCUAAACGGAAGCGAUUUAGUCCUGUGGAGGAUGCCACUGCACACAUUCUGUCUGGCAAAGACAAACCAUGCCUUGAGGAGAGAUUCAUUAACUCUCAUAAAGGUAGAGGUGUGUUUGCUAGCAUGUCCAUUGACAAAGGAUGCUUCAUUCUUGAAUACCGUGGAGAGUUACUUUCCCAAGAGGAGAGCCAAACAAGACAGAAUAGAUACAAUGAAACAGAAAAUACCUUCUUGUUUGAGUUUGAUUGGAAUGGAAGGCAAUGGUGCAUUGAUGCCUCAAAAGAAGAUGGUUCACUUGGGAGACUAGUGAACGAUAAUAACAAGACUCCUAACUGUAAAGUGAAAAAAAUUAGUGUUGAAGGUAAACCACAUCUGUGUUUGUUUUCGGUUAAGGCCAUAGCUUCAGGAGAAGAAUUAACAUACAACUAUGGAGAUUCAGACUGGCCAUGGCGUACUCAGUUGAACCAAGCAGUCCCUCACAAUGAGGAGAACAUACCAUCAGAAGACAGUACACAUUUUCCUGACAAAAUAAACUGUCCCAAGCCAGCUGAACAGAUUGGGAGUUAUUUGUCUGAACCCAGGCCUUCAAAUAGUGGUCAAUCCACCGACCACAACAGUGACCAUUCAUCCACAGCCUCUGACAUGAUGGAGAACCAUUCUCAGGUGAACCAAGCAGUCCCUCACAAUGAGGAGAACAUACCAUCAGAAGAGGGUACACACCUUUCUGACAAAAUAAACUGUCCCAAGCCAGCUGAACAGAUUGGGAGUUAUUUGUCUGAACCCAGGCCUUCAAAUAGUGGUCAAUCCACCGACCACAACAGUGACCAUUCAUCCACAGCCUCUGACAUGAUGGAGAACCAUUCUCAGGUGAACCAAGCAGUCCCUCACAAUGAGGAGAACAUACCAUCAGAAGAGGGUACACACCUUUCUGACAAAAUAAACUGUCCCAAGCCAGCUGAACAGAUUGGGAGUUAUUUGUCUGAACCCAGGCCUUCAAAUAGUGGUCAAUCCACCGACCACAACAGUGACCAUUCAUCCACAGCCUCUGACAUGAUGGAGAACCAUUCUCAGGUGAACCAAGCAGUCCCUCACAAUGAGGAGAACAUACCUUUGGAGGAAGAUAUAUGUUUUCCUUCCAACAUGAGCAAAAAGUCAACUGAACAAGUAAUGCCAUGUGGUACAUUAACCAAGCUCCAAUUAAGUAAUAAUUUCAGACUGAAAGAAAAUCAAGACAGAUGUGCUCAACGCUAUGAACAACUGUCAACACUUGAAACUAAGAGAGGGAUGACUGAUUACUCGCAGAAUAAUGAAUCUGAGAUAUCUUGUGAGGAAUCCUCCUUUUCUGACUACAGUGACAACGAUUAUGUCCCUGGUACAGACUGUAGCUCAUCAGACAACAGUUGUGAAAGUGAAGAACUAAAUAUCUGCCAUGUCGAGCCAGCAAAGGGAGGUGCUGUUGAGUUUAAGAGUACAACAGACAAUAGUACAAGCUCAUCCUAUCACCGUUCCACAUCUGUGACACCGAUGCCUACUAAAAUGCAAAAAAAUAGAUACAAGAAGAUACAAUAUUGUGCCUAUUGUCAGAAGCCAUACUCUAAAAUUGCACGGCACUUGGAGUUUGUUCAUCGCAAUGAACUUGAGGUAGCUAAGGCAUUCAGCUUCGAUAAAAGGUCAAAGGAAAGAAGAGUGAGACUACGCCUUUUGAAAAGUAGAGGGAACUUUGCCCAUAAUGCUGCAGUUUCAAAAGCCGGAAAUGGGGAAAUGGUUGCUUGCAGACGGCCCAAAGAAGUAAAAUCUACCUAUGACUUCACUCACUGUAUCCACUGUCAGGGUCUAUACAACAGAAAGACACUAUGGAGACACAUCCGAACAUGCCCCCAGAACCCCAAAAAUGAAAACCGCACAAUUGGGCAGAAGAGAGUUCAGUCAAUCAACAGCUUGACCCUUCCUCCACCAGUGGAUGUUAGCAAAAGUCUGUGGACCAUUGCUUGUGAGAUGGUGAAUGAUGAAGUUUCAGAUGUUGUCAGGAAUGAUCGAUACAUUCUUCUUUUAGGGGAGCAGAUGUACAACAGGCUGAAGUCACAUUCAGGAAGAAAUUACUACAUUAAGCAGAAAAUGAGGGAAGUAGCAAGGUUGCUCAUCACUGCCAGAUCACUGACACCCAUUCAUAAUAUGGAGGACUUCAUCCAACCCUGCAACUUUCCUCACGUUAUAAAAGCAGUAAGAGCAGUGGCAGGAUUUAGUGAGGAGGCAAACACCUACAAGAUUCCAUCACUGGCACUGAAGCUUGGACACAGCUUGGUGAAGAUUGCCAACUCUGUGGAAUGCAAUGCACUGAUGUCAGGACGCGACACGGCUGCGGAGUCUGCACGAAAUUUCAGACGUUUGUAUGAAAGCAAAUGGAAUGAGGUAGUGUCUGCAGCUGCACUGACUACUCUGGGAGAAGCUAAAUGGAAUAAGCCACAAGUUCUACCAUUUACAGAUGAUGUCAAAACACUGCACUCAUUUUUGAACUCAAAACAGCAGGAAUAUGUGGAUGCCCUUCAAGAAAAACCAAAUGACAAAAACUUUGCCAAUCUUUGCAAAGUCAUGCUAACACAGAUCAUUAUUUUUAAUAGACGAAGAGAGGGUGAAGUUUCCAGGAUGAAUAUUCAAUCUUACACGUCUAGAGACCAGGCACCAAUGCACAAAGAUAUCGCUGUGGGACUCAGUGACUUUGAGAAAAAACUUUGUGGGUACUUCCAAAGGGUGGAAAUACGUGGUAAAAGGGGGAGGAAGGUACCAGUGUUGCUGACCCCUAAUAUGAUUGUGGCCAUGGAUCUCCUUGUAAACAUGAGAGAAAGGUGUCAAGUUCCUGUUGAAAACAAGCAUUUGUUUGCUCGUCCAGGUGCUCUGUCUCACUAUCGUGGUGGAGACUGUAUUCACCAGUAUGCCCGAGCCAGUGGAGCAAAGCAUCCAGAUGCCCUUUGCUCAACAAAGCUGCGUAAGCAAGUAGCUACAAUGUCCACAGUAUUAAACCUAAAAGACAAUGAGAUGGAUCAACUGGCCAACUUCCUUGGCCAUGAUAUCAGAGUUCAUCGGGAGUUCUACCGCCUCCCUGAAAGCACUCUACAGCUUGCAAAGAUUAGUAAACUCCUCAUUGCAAUGGAAAAAGGGGCACUGCCCGAACUCCAGGGUAAAGGAUUAGAUGGUAUAACAAUAGAUCCACAAGAUGAAAUGGAUGUGUCGAGCAACAGUUCCAGUGAUGAGGCAGAACCGCAAACUUUAAGCUGCAGAAGACAAGAGUAUGAGGAUCAUGUGAAUGGCUCCCAGAAAUCACUUGUUCGUAGACCAAAAUCCUCCUCCAUGGUAGACCUGGACGAUGCCAAUCUCAAACAAGGCACAAAAGUCAGUGUCAAAAAGAAGUGGUCGGAAGAAGAGGUUGGGCAGUUGAAAAGCAUUUGA